GUCUGGCCGCCUCGGCGGCUUGGAGGCGCGGAGACCAGCGCCAUGGAGGAGGACACGGAGCUGAGAACCGAUGGAAACUCCCUCUUGAAGGCUGUGUGGCUGGGGAGGCUCAGGCUGACCAGACUCCUCCUGGAAGGCGGUGCGUACAUCAACGAAAGCAAUGACAAGGGCGAGACCGCGCUCAUGGUGGCCUGCAUCACCAAGCACGUGGACCAGCAGAGCAUCAGCAAGCCCAAGAUGGUCAAGUACCUGCUGGACAACAGGGCAGACCCCAACAUCCAGGACAAGUCCGGCAAGACGGCGCUCAUCCACGCCUGCAUCAGGAGGGCUGGAGGCGACGUGGUGUCCCUGCUCCUGAAGGGCGGGGCAGACCCCAGCCUAGAGGACCGCUCGGGGGCCUCGGCUCUGGUGUAUGCCAUACACGCCGAUGACAAGGACACCCUGCGACACCUCCUGGACGCCUGCAGAGCCAAGGGGAAGGAGGUGAUCAUCAUCACGACGGAUAAGCGCUCCUCGGGCACCAAAACCACCAAACAGUAUCUCACCGGCCCUCCUGCCCCUGAAGGGGAAGGCAGACAGUCACCGCCACUGUGCGCGUCUCCCUCGGACAUUGAACUGAAGGCUCCAGGCCUGGGCUCUCCCCGCAGCGAGAGGGAGGACGACUUCUUCAGCCUGCAGACAGGGCAUCCGAGUGGCUGCAGUGCCACCAGGGCCCUCACGGAGCCUGGGUCACCCGCCAGGAAAGGAGGGACCCUCAAGGGAGCCCGCCUGCCCCAGCUGAAGCGGCUGCAGUCGGAACCCGGCGGCCUGAUCGCGCCGUCCGUGCUCGCGGCUAGCACGCGUCAGGACGACGCCCACGGCGCCGGUGCAGACAGUGAGGUCACCAAGAGCUCUGGCGACGUGUCCUUCCCCAAACGGGGCCCGCUCUCCAGAGCCAACAGUAUCGACGGCAAAGACCUCACCCUGUUCCCCACAUUCACGGAGCAGAUUCUGAGGAUCCCAGCGUCCCCGGCACCGGCGUCCUGGAAGGCCGCCUACGAGAAAGGUCAGGCUCCCCACCCGCGUCUGGCCAGAAGAGGGACUCUCCCUGGGGAGCAGGAGAAGGCCGGAGCCGGCCCAUCGGUGUCCCUCAGACGCCUAGAGGAUGGCCUGCAUGACCUAGACCUGCAGCCCGGGGCGGAGCGGCCUGGCUCCCUCUCCCUGGAGGCAGGCCAAGGGCCCCUGGAUAGGAGGCUCAACGGCCCCCACGUGGCUCUCUUCCACGGCUCCCGGGAGUCCCUGGACGCGGCGUCCAGCACCUCCCCCGGCUCCGCACGCCGCAGGCCACCGCACCUUCUGGAAAGGCGGGGUUCUGGAACCCUACUGCUGGACCGAAUUUCGCACACCAGGCCCGGCUUCCUCCCUCCUUUAAAUGUGAAUCUGAACCCCCCCAUCCCAGACAUCAGGCCCAGUGGCAAACCUUCCCCACUUGCCAGCGGCCUGAAAUCCAUGCUCCCCGUGGCUCCCAGUUCUCCGAAGCGAGGAGACCUGAGGAGCAAAAAGAAACUCCUCCGGAGGCACUCCAUGCAGGUUGAGCAGAUGAAGCAGCUGUCUGGCUUUGAGGAGAUCAUGACCUAGACACAUGCAGAGCGGUCCUUACAGAACUCCGGGUACUUGAUGAAAGGCGCACAAUCUGGACCAACACCCCGUGCGGCCCGCCGCGGCCCGUCUGUCCCUCCACGCUGCCGUGCGGCCGCCUCCCAAGGCGCCGAACCGGGCCCUGCUCCCCUUCUGAAGUUAUCACUGGGCUGUUACGGGUUUGCUUGAAGAGAACUCAGGGUCAUUGGGGUCUGGGAUGAGUUACCAGGAAAAUACUUCUCCCAAGGAAGAAAACCUCUGGGGUUUGCCAGUAACGCAGCGAGCACAGUGACCUAGUCCUUGACCUCAGUCCCUUUCCACCAGACACACCAGAAUUCAGAUCCAGGACCGUAGCGCAAGUAUGUCUGUAGUACUGAAUCUGUGAAGUGCCUACGGAGGAAAUGAGGCUCAAGCAUGUGUCACGAUGUGUGAGAGACCAGCCCCUGAGCUGCGCGGUCCGGCGGCUGUGCGCCAGCCCGGGUGGAGGAGGGGGAGCGGA